ACAACAAAUGCGAAAAUGUGUUCGGUCGAAGCCAGUGGCGUACCACCAAAAAGCUCGGGGGGUAAAAGGGGGAUGCCUCCAGAAAAAAAAGACCCUGUAGAUCUUCACAACCAGUCGCCUUACCUACAGAAGUCAGUCAAGUCAGACAAAGCGCAACUAGUGAAAGCACAAUACUUCAUGGAUAAUGUUAUAAAUUCAAACUCCAAUAAAAGACUGUGGAACAACAUUUGUAUUCUGUCGAUGAUGGCGAAUGCGCCCGAGUUUAAAGAAUAUGUGGUUUCUGUGCUUGUGGGAUUGUUGAGUGUUGGAUCGGUCCGGCACGGUGAUGUAAGAAGUUUUCUGGCAAUGACAGGCAAAGCGACGAAACAGGACAGGCCUAAGCGCGGCUUCAAGUUGUUCUUCUUUCCCAAGGCCCAGGGCCAGAAGCACAAGCACAAGAAGAACAAGUACUACGUGAGCCAUAAGGACGAGUCGUCGCCUACAGGGUCGAUUAUGUCGGGAGAUAGUCCACUUCACAACAAUCGCACGGCCGAGGCCUUCAGCUUCAAUGCUGACUCCAACCAAGAGGGCCGGCCUCAGCUGCUGGACUCCAAGCAGGUCUUCAGCAGUGAAGGGCGCAGUUCGCCUGUACCCACCACGAGUAAAGAAGUCGCUGUCCAAAGCGCCCCAACAGACGAAAAAGUCGGCGAUAGACCGGGUGGUAAAGGUGAAGUGUUGGCUGAACCGAUCGGCGACAAGGACAAGGAAGACAAAGACGAAAUAAGUUCGCCAACCUCCAACCACGACAGCGAUGGUGAGGACCAGUGCGACGACAAUGAAGAAAGGCGGAAUGGUAAGAAAGACAGUGGUGAACAUGAAGGCGGAGAUAAAAAAGAGGGAAAGAACAACUUUGACAAGUUGGACGGCCAAUGGAUACCACCAGAGAAAAAGCAGCAGGUAGAGAAGGAGGAUGAGAAGGAGGAGGAGGACAGUAUUGUGAAGUGUUUGUCGGUCACAAUGGCCUGCUGCGAAUGCUCGAUUAUGUGAUUAUUUAUUUGACGCUCUGUGUUUUUCUGUGAAAAUUUUAAGUCAUUAUUUAUACAUGUGAAAAGUUUUUUUUACAUGAUUUUGUCGAGGACUUUUAAAACGCAGUGCACAGUAUAGGAUUUUACUUUCUAGUGUAGUAAGGUAUAGCUUGAACCGCCAAUGGGACCAAUUUCGACCGACUGAGUGUGUGGUUAAACCAAGUAUGUAAUUGCAUUUUGGAAUUCUGUUUGUACAUGGCGUAAAAUAAUAGAAAUAGCAUAAUUGUCAAUAAUGUUAUUGAUAAGAAGUACUUGCUGUGAUUGUAUUUGUAACUUCAUAAUUAUGUUAUAAUUGUAAUAUGUACGAAUAA